CUCCCAUCCCAACUACUUCAACGCUCGACUUUCGAUCCUUUGACUUCCCUCAUUUAUGAACCUCAGUUUGAGGCAGAGGUAGUCACGAUGGUCCGCGAGGACCUCAUCACAUCAGCUGUCUCCUUUCUCCAGGACCCUUCUGUAGCCAACGCGCCUGUCGAAAAGCGCAUCGCCUUCCUCCAGUCGAAGAACCUCACCCAAGAAGAGAUCGAUGUCUCGUUAGCGCGCGCAGCUGAAGACCCCAGCCACCCUUCUUCUCCUCCAUCACAAGCAUCGUCUUCACCACCACCGAGCUAUGCAUACAGGCAGCCGCCCCCGCCUACAGCACAAUAUGGAGGAUACCCUCAGCAGGGUUACUGGCAGCAGCCGCCUCCUGCUCCUGAGCCACCAAAGCGCGACUGGCGCGACUACUUCAUCAUGGCAACGGUGAUGGGCGGCGUAGGCUACGGUCUUUACUUCACAGCCAAGCGCUAUAUCAUUCCUCUCAUCUCCCCACCCACGCAACCACAAUUGGAGCAGGAUAAGGCCUCAGUUGAUGAGUCAUUCAAGAAGGCGUUCGAUCUACUUGACCAAUUGAGUGCGGAUACUGCCGCUCUCAAGGAAUCAGAAGAGGCGAGAACAAAUAAACUAGAUGCUACUCUGGGAGAGGUUGAGAGCGCCCUAGUGACCUUGAAGGAGUCGUCAAAGAGACAAGGUGACGAUAACCGACGCAUUGAGGAUGACGUGCGAGGCCUGAGAGAUUUGAUCCCCAAGGCUCUAGAUGCUCAGAAAGAGACCACGGAUACAAGACUAAAGGAGCUUUCGAACGAGUUGAAGAGCCUUAAGACCUUGGUCGGCAACAGGAUGGGUGCAGGUGCACCCCGACCUGUGUCGUCUGUCCCACCCUACUACGGCAUCAAUUCAAACCAGAACGCAGUCAACGGUACCUCUACUAGCUCAACGCCCGCUCAGCAAUCGACACCAGUUGCUACCCCUAGCGAACAGCCUUCCACCAGCACUACCACCACUGACAACGCAAGCUCCAGCGCCAGCGGACCUGCAACUUCAUCAACACCAGCCCCAUCCACACCAGCUGCUGAAAAGCCAGCUACCCCUUCGUAUGGAAGGAUGCCCAACGGCCGUGCUGCUAUCCCAGCCUGGCAGAUGGCUGCCGCGAAGAAGAACGAGGAGACUAAGAAGGAUACCAGCGAGAGCGGCACCGUUACUGAUGCCACUCCUAGUUCAUAAUCGUGCAGAGUGUAAUUGAAUAUCAUAGCUUCGGUUUCGGGAUGGACUGUUCUUGUACUGUAUUAUCUUCUGAGAUCUGCGAGGUUUAUACGGGGAAAAUAUAUCUUGUAUUUGUUCAUGAGCUCUACGUUUCUUGAGAAUCUGUAGUGACGUGAUUUUUUGUUGAACCUUAUGGCGUUGACUACAAGGUUUAACACAUUGCACUGAAGGCACGUAUCAAGGGUGACAAUCAGAAUAGGGCGUGCGACAUUAGUACUGACGACAG